AUCUGAGAGACAUUAUUUAAAAAAAAAUGAGAAAUCAGAUGGCAAAGUCGUAAAUAAACACCAAAUCCAAGGCUAAUAAUCAAUUACCCCUCCCUCCAGAGAAGCGUAUAGCAACCCCCAAAUGGUUGCAACCAAAAAAAAUUGCAAAUUACAAAUUGCAGAGAGAUCUGAGCAAAAAGCUUUAAUGGCGAAGUAAGUACGCACCUAGCCGCUAGAUCGAACUUUCCUCGGACGAUUAUUGUCAACCGUUGGCAUUAUUUCUCUUCCUCAUAUUCCUUCCUCCGUGUUUUUGGAUCGGGUGUGGGAGAGAGCAUCAAAGCGCCUCCGUGUUUCGUCUUCUUCGAGCCUCCCUCCUCAGGUUGAAGAAGAUAAAAGGGAGGGUUUUGUUUUUAGUCCUCCUCUCUUAAAGGUCAUAUCUUUAUAGAGAGAGCAAAGUCUCUAGUAAUGGAAGGAACUAAAGCUUGAAGAAGAGACAGAACCUGACUUCUUUAGAUAAGAGAACCUGAGCCCCCUAUGGAGGAUUACUCAAAGUACACACACAGUCCUGCUCAUCUAGCCGUCGUGCUUCACGACCACGCGGCUCUUAGACGAAUCGUCAUGGACCUCCCCAGCUUAGCCAAGGCCGGCGAGGUUACCAACGAGGCUGAGUCUUUAGAAGCCGAGUCACGCGCCGAUGCCGUCACUGCCGUCAUCGACCGGCGCGAUGUCCCCGGCCGCGAAACCCCUCUCCACCUCGCUGUACGUAUGCGAGAUCCCGUCUCCGCUGAGAUUUUAAUGUCUGCUGGUGCGGAUUGGAGCCUGCAGAACGAGAACGGCUGGAGUGCUUUGCAGGAAGCUGUUUGCACUAGAGAGGAGGCCAUCGCUAUGAUCAUCGCGAGGCACUACCAGCCUCUCGCUUGGGCUAAAUGGUGCCGUAGGCUUCCGAGGAUAACGGCUUCGGCGUCUCGUAUCCGUGACUUUUACAUGGAGAUAACGUUUCAUUUCGAGAGCUCGGUGAUUCCUUUUAUUAGCCGUAUUGCUCCCUCGGAUACGUAUAGGAUAUGGAAGCGCGGUUCGAACCUCCGUGCUGAUAUGACACUUGCUGGUUUUGAUGGGUUCCGCAUCCAACGGUCGGAUCAGACGUUUCUUUUUCUUGGGGAGGGUUAUGCGUCGGAUGAUGGGAAAGUGUUGUUGCCUCCUGGCUCCUUGAUUGUUCUUUCUCAUAAGGAGAAAGAGGUGACGAACGCUUUGGAGGGGGCGGGGACUCAGCCGACGGAAGCGGAGGUUGCUCAUGAAGUGGCGCACAUGUCUCAGACCAACAUGUAUAGGCCUGGCAUUGAUGUUACUCAGGCUGAUUUGGUUCCUCAGUCGAACUGGAGACGGCAAGAGAGGACGGAGACGGUUGGGAGCUGGAAAGCUAAAGUGUAUGACAUGAUGCAUGUGAUGGUGAGCGUGAAAUCAAGAAGAGUUCCGGGAGCGAUGACUGAUGAGGAGCUCUUCGCUGUUGAUGAGGACAGAACGGCGAAUGGUGCUGAGAACGAUGGGUUUGAGGAUGUGUUGACCGCUGAGGAAAGAAAGCAGCUGGAUUCCGCGUUGCGGAUGGGGAACUCCGAAGCUGCUGAGGAUGAAGAGAAUGACGUGGACGAUCAUGGUUCGGGAGGAGAAGCCAACGGUGCUCCUCUCAAGGAGAAGAAAGGAUGGUUUGGUUGGAACAAGAAAGGCGCGAAGCCUGGUCAUGAUGGUGGUGGUGCUGAAGAAACAACAGCAAAGGUUAAGAAAGGCUCCAAGUUGGCACCAGAAGAGAAAGAGAAAGAGAAAGGGAAAAGCCAAAGAUCGUCGACGCUAUCUGAUAAUAAUUCUAAGGAGGAUGCUGGAGAUGGCAAGAAGGGAAAAGACAAAGGCGGUGCCAAGAAGAAGAAGAAUGAAAGCGAGUACAAGAAAGGGUUAAGACCUGUACUGUGGUUAACACCUGACUUCCCUCUUAAGACAGAAGAGCUUCUUCCGCUGCUCGAUAUAUUAGCCAAUAAGGUCAAAGCCGUGAGGAGGCUCAGAGAGCUCCUUACCACAAAACUUCCCACAGGAACAUUCCCUGUCAAGAUUGCGAUCCCCAUUAUACCAACCGUCCGUGUACUCAUCACUUUUACUAAAUUUGAAGAGCUCCAACCAUCUGAGGAAUUCUCAACGCCUCCUACGAGCCCUGUUUUUCAUGACGCAAAGUCAUCAGAUAGUUCAUCUUCAGCGUCAUGGGUGUCGUGGAUGAAAGGUACUCGCGGUGGUGGCCAAUCAAGUGACGGAGACAGUAACCGGUACAAGGAUAGUGAAGUUGACCCUUUCAUGAUACCAUCAGAUUACAAAUGGGUCGACUCAGCUGAGAAGAAACGCAGAAUGAAAGCCAAGAAAGCUAGAAUCAGGAAGAACAGGAAACAGGGUGCUUCGAAACCUAGUUCCUCGAGUUCCCGUUCCAAUCAAGAACCGGAAUAAAAUAAUUGCCACCUUGAAGAACAGGGUAUCCCUUAGACGAGAGAAGGUUUGGUUGUGUUAUUGUUUGUAGUAAGCCAUGUUAUUUGUGAGAUUCUUAAGGAACACACGUUUGCUAUAUAAGAAACAGCCAUUUUGCUCUGUUCAGUUAGUCAGUGAAGUUGGUUCGUGAUU